AUGUCGUCUCGAAAUCGUUGUUCUGUAUGUGGCUCGAAGCGAUGGCACAAACAACCAUCCAGCGGGCUUAUCUUCUGCCGUGAAGGGCAUGUUCUACAGAACUACAGAAGUGAAAAUAAUGAGAUCGAAGAUUGGACAGGCACGCAUGAACUACGCAAGAGACAGAUUACUAGUCAGCGGGAACGGAAAGACAACCUGGGCCAAGCCAAUUCUAAACCGUACCACGGCGAACGCGCACGGUUUCAUUACUUCCAGUGUCUGCAGCUUAUUCUGAGAAUGCAGAUUGUUGCACUUAAGAAGGCAUGGCAUUUGCCACCAGAGUAUGAGAUCGUUUGCAGGGACACCUGGGCUCUACAUCUAAGCCUUUUACCUAAUCCACCACCUGCUGAGCCUUUCCAUUAUGCUCAAGAGGAGAGGCUUGCCAACUCAAGGACACAAAUCGCUAGUGACGGUGAAAUGAACCCACCGAAGGACGCUAAUGAUGGUGGUGGCGAAUCAAGUGAUCAAAAGCAUACCGAAAUCGAGUUUGAGACGUGGGAGCCUCCUUCCUUUUCAUCAGAAUCUUCAAGCGAGGAUGAAGAAUUAGAGGAAGACCCAGUGAUGAAGGAGUUAAUGAAAGAAAAUUCGGUGACGCCCUCACAUGAAGACGAAUUUGAAGAUAUUUCAAGGCCGCGUCUCUCUGUCAAACCAGCAGCGAAGAAAGUUUCUCAAAGAUCAUACGACGCGCCAGCCAGCAAUAUCGCUGUGCUGAUGGUCGCAUGCUGGACCUUGCGUCUCCCCGUUAUGUACAUGGACUUCAUCAGGUUGAUUGAAACGUACGAAUUGCCCUAUCUGGAGGCUCGCCGCCUCCUCCCUGCGAGCCUCACUUCGCAUCUCACAAAACAUACUGCCGGCGCUUUGUCUCCCUUUCAUCCGCCCACGCCUUCCAAAUUACACGCGCUGACUUCAAAACUGGCCAAACUCAUGUUUUCCCGCUAUUCUGUGUAUACUCCGGAGAUGAAUGCGCUUCCGAUGCUCUGGCGAGCAGUUCGUGCUCUAUGCGGAACACCCACACUAUAUCAGCUUUCCAAGCAGAUGGCGAAGGCGCUCUCUGUGCCGUUGGUGUUAAAUCGACCGCUGUUCGCGCAUUCCGCAAAUGAGAGUCACACAGAGCGGCAAUGGCAAAAAUAUGAUGACGCUAUCAAAGAGGUUUCCCUCAUUGCAGUCGUGAUAGUUGUCCUGAAGUUAGUGUAUGGCCUUGAUGGCAGAGAAAGACUGCCUCUUGAGAGAGACGAUCCAGCAUGUGCGCUGCCGCGACUCGAUGAGUAUCUUGCGCGCGUUGAGGAGCAAAACAAGAAUCCCAACAAGGAUGUUCCAUUCAGCGAGACAACUGAAUUGUCUGUCCUUGACAUGGAUGACUCAACGCUCGACCAAUUUCUUGACUUUUGCGAAAGAGCGUUACUACCUCGCGAGAAUCUGUCAGCGGGGCGAAAUGCAGAAAUUGACUCUUUCCCUCUCGAACGAAGAUCCACGCGAAUGGCCUCGGAAGAGGCUUCUGCACAGAGAUCUGACUUGAAGCCGCUGAGACCCACACUUAUCAGCGACGACGGGAUGAGUCUUCGCCCCGGACAGGAGAUUCGCAUCUACAAAACACAGGACGCCGCCAGACCGCUACCCGAGCAAUAUGAGACAGUCAUCAAGCGUGCGGCACAGUGGACGGGAGUUCCUGAAGACUAUGUCGCGCGUCUUGUAGAGAAUUUUGAGAGGCGGCUCCCACGGUGGCGGAAGACUACGGAGAGGAAGGAGAAAGGGAAAGGUCCGAGUCCGGUGCCUUGA